AUGGACGACCUGAAUCGAUCGAACCGACGCCAACUCGUCGGCAACGCAUCUUCCAAUCCUGAAAGCACACCCUCGACACGACCAUCCUCAAAGACUGUUCAGACCCGGCGCCAGGCAUAUGAACUCAGCUCUAUCUCCAGGCUGAAGAUCCAGAAGGAAGCGUCCAAAUCGUCACCUCGACUCCACAAGCUUGUCGCUCAUGCUGCCAUGUUCGACAAUGCGACGAGAUUCAUCCUAGACCACAUUGAUGGCUCAAAUGUUGAGGAUGACUUAUCGGACUCCGUGGCAAUCGAAGGAGUACUGGACGCAAAAGAGCACGGGUGUGGCCAUAUCGCUCAGCUUGAGGAUCACGACCAGAAUGGGGAUGAGACAUUCCAAUCUUCCUUCGAGGUCAGGAAUCGGACGUCGUUCAGUGGAUACGCACACCGGAAGCCAAAGGAGGGCUGCGCUAUAGUUGUCAUCGAGGCUCUUGCGGACGAAGAAGGCGACACCUUUGAAGAUACAGCGGACGAAUCUAACACCGACUCUGAUGAUGACGACUACGAUCACUUCGACGACCGCGAGAUCUGGAGCGACGCUCCUCUUGACGGCGACUGGCGCAAGAUGCAGUCGGACUGGGAUUUCUGGGACGCCAGCGCGAAUUUGGUUCGUGAUUCUCGCGAUGACGAUCUCCUUCUCUGGUCCCAGCAACCACGAGUUUUAUCUACAAAGCAAGCCGAGAGUCUGUUUCUCGAGGCGUUUGGAUAA